AUGGUUUCAGCAGGAAACGGCGAGGCGCCGGAAGUUCGUACAGGUUUACCUCCGUUGGGGAAAAGGGUAGACCGGUUCCUUAAACAUGCGGCAAGUGGAAACACUGCAUUGCAUGACUGUGCAGAAUCUGGAAGUUUAGAGAUCAUGAAGAUGCUUCUCAAGUAUUGUGCUAAGAUGGAAAAAGAUGGCUAUGGAAUGACUCCUCUUCUGUCAGCCAGUGUGACAGGCCACACAAAUAUUGUGGACUUCCUGACCCAACAUGAACAGACUAGUAAGAUAGAAUGUAUAAAUGCUCUGGAACUUCUAGGAGCAACAUUUGUGGACAAAAAGAGAGAUCUGCUUGGUGCUUUGAAAUACUGGAAGCGAGCUAUGGAAAUGAGAUACAAUGAUAGGAUUAGUAUCAUGAACAGACCUGUACCACAAACACUAAUUAUGGCCUAUGAUUAUGCUAAAGAAGUCAACAGCUUAGAAGAGCUAGAAAAUCUUAUUGCAGAUCCUGAUGAGAUGAGAAUGCAAGCACUAUUAAUUAGAGAACGUAUUCUUGGUCCUUCUCACCCAGAUACGUCCUAGGUACCUAUACUUAGGUACAGAGGUGCUGUCUAUGGAGACUCGGGAAACUUUAAACGAUGCAUCAACUUAUGGAAAUAUGCUUUGGACAUGCAGCAGAACAAUCUAGAUCCACUGAGCCCUAUGACAGCCAGCAGUUUGCUAUCAUUUGCUGAACUCUUCUCCUUCAUGCUGCAGGACAAGGCAAAAGGCCUGCUAGGCACUACUGUCACAUUUGAUGAUCUAAUGGGUAUAUUAUGCAAAAGUGUUCUCGAAAUAGAGCGGGCCAUGAAACAAAUCCAGUGUCGUCCUGAUCCAAUACAGCUAAACAAAGCACUUUUGUUGCAAUAG